AUGGCUGCGGGUAGAUUUACAAACAUAAAUGCAAAUUGGCCAGGUUGUUGUCAUGAUUCACAUGUUUUCAGAACAUCACAGGUUUGUGCUCACAUGAAGAGAAAUGGCAAAUGGGAAAAUGGCAUUUUACUUGGUGAUAGUGGCUAUCCCUGUAGGUCUUUUUUAAUGACACCUUUUCUGAACCCCAAUGAACAACACCAUAGAAGGUACAACAGAUGUCAUGCAGUCACAAGAUCCAUUAUUGAAAGAACAUUUGGCAGAUGGAAGAGAAGGUUCCACAUAUUGCAUUCUGAAAUUCGUAUGGAUCCCAAAAAGGUAACCAAAAUAGUAAUGGUUUGUGGAAUCCUACACAACAUCUGCAUACAGCUAAAUGAGUCAGAUGUAGCUGAUGAGCUUGUUAAUGAGGAUGUUGAAAAUGGAAACAACUAUAAUGGACAACAGGAUGGAAGAGGGAUUAGGGAGCACAUUGCUGACACUUAUUUUAACCGUCAUUAA